AUGAUCUGCCAAUUAAGAAGGAACAACCCAGAGGUCUCUUCAUUCAAGAACAAUUCAGAGGGAUUUUCAUCCAGGAACAAGCCAGUGGACUCUUCAUCCAGGAACAAGCCAGAGGACUCUUCAUCCAGGAACAAGCCAGAGGACUCUUCAUCCAGGAACAAGCCAGAGGACUCUUCAUCCAGGAACAAGCCAGAGGACUCUUCAUCCAGGAACAAGCCAGAGGACUCUUCAUCCAGGAACAAGCCAGAGGACUCUUCAUCCAGGAACAAGCCAGAGGACUCUUCAUCCAGGAACAAGCCAGAGGACUCUUCAUCCAGGAACAAGCCAGAGGACUCUUCAUCCAGGAACAAGCCAGAGGACUCUUCAUCCAGGAACAAGCCAGAGGACUCUUCAUCCAGGAACAAGCCAGAGGAUUCUUCAUCCAGGAACAACCCAGAGGACUCUUCAUCCAAGAACAACCCAGAGGGCUCUUCAUCCAGGUACAACCCAGAGGGCUCUUCAUCCAGGUACAACCCAUAGGGCUCUUCAUCCAGGAACAACCCAGAGGACUCUUCAUCCAAGAACAACCCAGAGGGCUCUUCAUCCAGGUACAACCCAUAGGGCUCUUCAUCCAGGAAUGUAGUGUAAUGAGAAAUGUCUGUUGAGGAAGUGUACUUGAUGAAGAGGCGUGUCUGGACCCACCAAGUCUCCAACACACCCUUGGUGAUGUUAAUCAGGGGUUUGGCAUAACAUCCUUGUUGCAUGUCUAACAACAACUGUCAGCAAUUUUGCAUUGAUUAAGUAGGACAGUUCCUGUCACAAACAACCCAGAGGGCUCCCCAUCCAGGAACAACCCAGAUGACCCUUCAUCCAGGAACCACUUGGAGAGCUCUUCAUUCAGGAACAACCCAGAGGACCCUUCAUCCAGGAACCACUUGGAGAGCUCUUCAUUCAGGAACAACCCAGAGGACCCUUCAUCCAGGAACCGCGCAGAGAGCUCUUUAUUCAGGAACAACCCAGAGGACCCUUCAUCCAGGAACCGCGCAGAGAGCUCUUUAUUCAGGAACAACCCAGAGGACCCUUCAUCCAGGAACAGUGCAGAGAGCUCUUCAUCAAUGAACAACCCAGAGGUCUUGCAGCAAGUUAAUUGAUCUCAGUGAAACUGAUGUCAACAUGCUGCUGCAAAGUUUCACUUCUUCCACUGACAGUCGGCCUGCCCCACCCUGGGCUCGAACUAGUGAUUCUGUGUUUCGCCACACAUGACUGCUCUCCUUGGCAACAAUGUAACUAUAAGCUACACAAAUAUACCAUAUGAUUAGGCUUACCUGCAACAUUCAAUGCUAGCUGGGAAGUGAGAUUCCGGA